UCAGAUUAAUAUUAGACUCCCUACUUCCUCUUCACUCACUCUCUUCUCCCUUUAACUUUCCUCCUUGGCUUCUAUGCCUCUGCAUAGACAAACAGAAAUGGUUGGCUCUUCCUAUUCUUUCUGCCAUGUUUAUAUCUCCUUCCUUCUUGUUGCAAUGCUCUUAUUGUUGGGGCCUUAUUCGGCUUAUUCCUCGGAUCAGAAGGUGACCGUGUCUCUGUACUACGAGACGCUCUGCCCGUACUGCGCCAACUUCAUCGUGAACUCACUCGUGAAGGUCUUUGAGAAGGGACUCAUCUCUAUCGUCGACCUGAGGCUCAUCCCAUGGGGCAACGGCUGGAUCCAAUCAGACGGCUCCCUCAGUUGCCAGCAUGGACCAGAUGAGUGCUUGCUGAACGCUAUUGAAGCCUGUGCCAUCAAUGUCUACCCCGACGUGAAUCGACACUUCAGAUUUGUUUACUGCAUAGAGCGGCUGACCUUGGAGGGCAGGCACAAUGAAUGGGGCAGUUGCUUCGGGGAGGCCAAGAUGGGCAGCUCGCCCGUUGAUUGCUACAACAAAGGAAAUGGAUAUAUGUUGGAGCGGAAAUUCGCCGGUGAAACAGCUCGUCUCAACCCGCCACGUAGAUUUGUACCGUGGGUGGUCGUCGACGGCCAAGCCCUCCAAGAGGACUUCCAGAACUUCGUGAGCUAUAUAUGCAGGGCUUACAGAGGAAGUCAGAUUCCAGAGGCCUGCACUUCCUUACCGUCCACAAUUGAUUCUUUCGAGGAAAAUUCCGAGAAUUCAGUUUGUUAUGCGGGUGAAUUGAAUAAUUCCACGUCCUUCCGUCAUUGAAAUGAGUCCCACACCAUCACUACUGUUGUUCUUGCUGAAGCUGUUUCUCGCCCUUGUCAAGAUUUCGUUGAAACUAUGUAGUUUGUUGUUCAAGGUCAAUUGUUGAUUCCAUGAAUUUUUUUUUUUUUAAAAAGCCCAAUUAUGGCUAAUAUAUGCGUGCUCAAUAAUCUUACUACCAGACAAGAUGUCCCUAUAUUAGAUUUGUUUCAGAAGGG